AACGAGGGAAAGUGAGAGUGAGAGAACGAAGCAGUCGAGAGAGAAAGAAUAAAAAAAGGAAAUUAUUUAUUUAAUUUUUUCAAAAAUAUUUUUUUCAAAAUUUAAUUUUAGGCCGUUUCAAGUCAUCACGUUAGCUUACCUCUGAACAAAAAAUAAUUGAGUUAAUAUGGUCAGAAACAUAUAUCAAUGUUUCAUUUGAAAUAAAAAUUUAUUUGAAUUUAAAUUACAAAUUAAAGAUUUAUUAGAACAAUAAAUAUAAGAGGCUCAUUGAAAAGUGGUGCGAAAGUUUAGAGGUUAUUUUAGUAUUUUAGCUUAAAAAUGUUAAACAAUAUUUAUUUAUUAGAAAAUUUAUUAUAUUUAAUUUUUUCAAUACUAUCGUAUAAAAAUACUCUAAAUAAAAGAAAGGGAUAAUAUUAUUCAAUGAAAAAGUUCCGGGGUCAGCCACUGGUGUUUGAAAGAGUAUUUUAAAAGGGAUGUAAGCAGAGAGGAAUAGAAAGCUGUGAGCAGUAGAUAAGUAGUGAGGCUUAGGCGCCAUACAAAUGGAUCCGUCGUCAUCAAACUCCAAUCCUUCGGAAAUUAGCGUAGCUAAUCAACCAGAUCAGCCAGUAAGGAACAUCUCUUAUAUGGGCGUAGCUUUGUAUGAGGCUGCAGGUGAAGGCAAAAUUAAGGAAUUCGAAAAUUACGGAGAGACAGAUCUUAAGUUACUAAAGACCCCAAGAGGAAACUCGGUGCUCCAUGUUUACUUGGCGACGGAUAAAGAUCGUUACAACCAGCCGUUAUCGUUAGCGCAGCAAGCUAUGAUUAAAUAUCGCCGCUAUUUUGCUGGACAACUUUCGUACCAACUUCUGUCACAGCGACUGUCCAAAGCCACAGUAGUACAACCAACCAGUUUCGUUGCCCGAAUUCUUGAAAAGUGCCCGUCACUACUGCUGCAGCCCAAUGCCAGAGGUGAAAUUCCAUUACAUAUUGCAGCGAGGUAUGGUCAUUCUGCUGUUGUGGAAUUUCUCGUCAAACACGCAAAAGCUCUAAAUGGAGACCCAGAGCAGCAAGGAAUGGAAGCAGCCAGACAGAUGCUCAGAACGACCGAUGAAGAGUUAAAUACGCCUUUACAUACAGCGGUUAACCAUGGCCAUCUUGGAGUGGUGCGAGCAUUGCUCGAAUCAGAAGAUCCUGAAUUUUCAUAUUCUGCCAAUAAGAGCAAGGAGACUCCGCUUUACAUAGCAGCUAGGAAAGGAAGUGAUCGCCUGGUGGCCGAGAUACUAAAUAAAUUCAAAGCAGACGCUCAUGGCGGCCCCCAUGGCAGAACAGCCUUGCAUGCUGCAGUUAUGGCCGGAAAUCGAGAGGCAACAAGAAUGAUAUUAGAAGAGGAAGGGAGUUUGAAACAGGAACCAGAUGAAAAGGGUCACACUCCUCUUCAUUAUGCUGCACAUUUAGGUCACUAUUCAGUCGUGAAAGAGUUACUAAAAGGGGAUAGAACUGCUGCCUACAUAGCUGAUAAAGAGACAGAGAUGACACCUCUUCUAAUGGCAGCCAGGCAAGGCCAUGAACGGAUAGUAAGGGAGAUUAUCACCUCUUGUCCAGAUUGUUGCGAAAUGGUGGACAAAAGAGGUUGGAAUGUACUUCAUUUUCUCUCAAUUAGAUGCUCUCCUUAUGCAGCCGAUCUUUUUCUAUACGGUCAAACAGGGACGGCACAUGCAUCCGUUGCAAAUCUUAGAGAUGAGAAAGAUGAAAAUGGUAACACUCCUCUAGAAGUGUACAUUGCAUGUGGAGGAUUUUCGCUUAUCUUACCAUCUUUGGGGCUAUUUUCGCGUGUCUUACCACCUUUUGGGUUACUUUUGAGUAUCUUACCACCUUUUGGGGAAUAUUUCGGAUUUAGCAGCAACAUUGAAUUUCGCAAGAUUAGCAAUAACCUGAGUGCCACAAAAAAGGUAUGUUCAUUAAUCCAAGUCAGGAAUGUGUUACAGAAACAAAUUGCCAACUUGUUAGAAGAUGUUGUUGACGGAGAAGUGGCCGAAGUUCGAGUUCGUCCCAUAAACAAAUUUGGGAGAAACCAACUGGCCAUUGAGAAAGCAAGAGAAGCACAUUUAGUCGUGGCAGCACUUAUAGCAACUGUGACAUUCGCAGCAGCAAUAACUUUACCUGGUGGUUUCGUCAGCGAAAAAACCGCAGACGACAAAGGCACCGCUAUUCUAAUUCAUAACGUAGCUUUUCAAGCGUUUGUAGUAACAGAUGCCGUGGCUUUGGUUUGCUCUCUUGUUGCCGUUUUCAUGCACUUUGCAAUGGCAUUGCCUUAUUUUCAAAGUGAAAGGUCAUAUUCUUCACUUCAAUUCGCCACUCAGUGCACCGCUUAUGCAGUGGGAGCCAUGGUGGUUGCUUUCAGUACAGGUACAUAUGCGGUGUUAGAACCAUCUUCAGGGCUAGCCAUUACCACGUGUUGCAUCGGCCUCAGUUUCUUUGCGAUUUUAAUUCCCUAUUUCAAUGGAAUGUUUGAACUAUAAUGGGAAGGCUUGAGGGGCGUUAAGUCUUGAGCUUCUUUUCUUCAUGUGUAUUUUGUUGGUAGUUGAAAAUAGAACAAUCAAUAAAAAUGUAUAAUUUGUAUUUUAAACUUUUAAAUAAUUUAUCAUUUUAAUCAUAAUUUU